AUGACCGGGCUCGACACCGUGUCCAUCAACGACAACCACAGCGUGGUAUCCGUGGGCGCCGGAUCGUCCUGGCUCGCCGUCUACGCCUAUCUCGACCGGCUCAAUCUCGCCAUCACAGGCGGCCGGAACGUCGCCGUCGGCGUAGGCGGCUUGACGUUGGGUGGCGGCAUCUCCCACUUCACCGCCCGCGUGGGCUGGGCGUCCGACAACGUGGUCAACUUCCAGGUUGCUCUUGCCGCAGGGGCGCUCGUCGAUGGGGACAUCUCGGUCACCACGCUUAGCCGUGCGAUUGAGGAACAAGACAAGGUAUUUGACGCCUUCACGGACUUGACGGCCGCCACGCCCUUUGACCCCUACAUCUCGCUCGUCAUGGGCCUUCUCUUCAACGCCACGACCAAGGCAUGGACUCUUAGUAACUGGGCCGUCUACGCGGCCGCGGGUCCCGACCUGGCAGCAUUUCGACAAUUGAGAGCCAUUCCCAGCCUGUCCAACACGACGGGAAUAAUAACGAACCUAUCGACGUUCGCGAACGAGAGCCUGAUGCCGCCUCUGUAA